GCCGGGACGAACCCCGUGGGUUCGGACCGUCCCAGAAGCGUCUCGGGUGGGCGUAUCGGCUCUUACAGACGCGCGAACGAGGCAUCGCGCGUGCCCGCGGACGCCGCGAGGAGCGUUCGCGAGCGUUCAUCACGCGAGUAGGCACCGGAUCGUAGGAAAAUGAAGAGACUGUUCGGCGUGAGGAAGGAGAAGGCGCCGCCGCCCUCGCUCGACGACGCGGCGGGCUCGCUGGACAAGCGCGGCGCCACCUUGGACGACAAGAUAAAGCGCCUCGACGCCGAGCUCGCCAAGCACAGGGAUCUCAUCCGCCGCGCCAGACCGGGACCCGCCCAGGAAGCCGCCAAGCGCAGAGCCCUCACCGUCCUGAAGCAGAAGCGCCUGUACGAGUCCCAGCGCGAGCAGCUGUACAACCAGCAGUUCAACGUCGAGCAGGUUUCAUUCGCCGCGCAAUCCGCCAAGGACACCGCCGUGCAGGUCGCCGCCAUGCAGCACGCCAACAAAGACCUCAAAGCCCAGUUCAAGACCAAGGCGUUCGACAUCGACGCCAUCGACAGGAUGAACGACGAGAUGGCGGACCUCAUGGCGAUGAGCGAGGAGAUCCAGGAGACGCUCGGUCGUAGUUACAACGUCCCGGAUGAAAUCGACGAGGCGGAGCUCUUGGGCGAGUUGGACGCUCUGGAGGCGGACAUGGCGCUGGAAGAGGCGGGGGAAGAGGUGCCGAGCUACCUGCAAGACGAGGCGCUGCCGGACGCGCCGGACGGCGUGGUGGAGCCGCUUCCGGCGGCGCACGACGGGCCCAUCGCCAACCAACAAACUGCGCAGAGGACCACGGCGUCGUGAACUGACACUUGCGGGGUUCUUGAAAAAAAAUAAGAUUUACCGGUGUACCGUCACCCCAGC